AUGUCUAAAGAUCAUGAUGAAGAGAAGGCAACUGGGAGCGGAAUGUGUGGAAGCACGAAGCUCACAAAAUUGUAUGUGAGGUUGGAGAAGAUAAGCGAAGAUAUAAAUCGAAUGAGGAUAGCAUUUGAGGAGGGUUCAAUUUCGCUGGAUCCAUUACAAAUCCAAUGUCGUUUGGAAAUAUUGAACUCCUAUAUUGAAAAAGCAAUGGCACUGCAGUCCGAGAUCGAUGUACUAGACCCAGAUAAUUCAGAUAGGGCGGCGUUGGAAGAAACGUGUGUGAUCACAAAGGCUCUGUACAUGUCGGCAGCGACCAACAGAUCCCCUCAACCAUACAUGAAUUCAGCACCCACACACCACCACUCCAAUUUGCCAAAAUUGAAGUUGCCGAAGUUCAGCGGCAAGCAUGCGGAUUACAAACAGUUUAUUAGUCUGUUUGAAAGUUUGGUAGAUUCCGACCCGUCGUUGUCCAAUAUAGAGAAGUUCAACCAUCUCAUAUCGUGCUUGUCCGAUGAAGCCUUGGGAACCGUUAAGGCGUUCCAAAUGUCAGAUGCCAACUAUCCAAAGGCGUUAGAAAGUUUGAAGAGGGUGUACGACAACAAGUGCUUAAUAUUCUUUGAGACACUUGCCCAGUUGUUUGACAUUCCUGCCGUAACCAAGCCGUCAGCGUCUGCAUUGCGAUCAACUAUAGAUACAGUGUCAGCCAUUCUUGAGUCGCUUUUAUCGUUGGGAGACGAGCGAGAGGUUGCUAACGCCAUGAUAAUACAUCUGGUGUUAUCCAAGGUGGACCCAUACACAAAAACAAAGUAUGAGGAGCAGCUUAACUACGAUGAGCUCCCUUGCUGGUCGGAUUGUGCGAAAAUGUUGAACCGCCGGUACCAGCACCUUUCAGCAGAGGAGUCAUCCAAAGCGAGAGGCAAACCAAAGUUUGACAUGCCGUCGACCAGCAAGAAAACCAGCAGAUCGUCAUUUUCUUGCGCGAGGGCCGAAAAGUCGAUCGACCCCAAGUGUUUAUAUUGCGGCGCCAACCAUUCGAUCGGAAACUGCCAGGGAUUUGGGGCAAUACCCGUCUUGGAGCGUUUCGAGUUCGCAAAAGGCAAGCAAUUAUGCAUUAAUUGCCUCCAAUCUGGACAUAGGGUAUCUCAGUGCACAUCCUCUAAGUGCAGAGUUGGUUCACAGAGGCAUCACACCCUCUUGCAUAGAUACGCAGCUCAGAGCGCAGAUUCAGAAAGUCAGGCAAUAGGAGUACAAGCAUCGUCCCAUCCUGCGCAGGUGAAGCAGGCAUCCAGUGAGCCCGAGCAUGUCAUCCUUGCCACAGCAGUGGUAAGAGUUCGGGACAGAUUUGGCCAAGUUCACUUAGCAAGAGUGUUGUUGGAUUCGGGUUCACAGGUCAAUUUCAUGACAGAAAGUCUAGCGCAAUCGCUAAGGUUGGCAAGGGUCAACCGUUGCCUGACAGUGACAUCUGUAGGCAAGUCAAGCUCGGUGUCGAGGAGUGAAGUCUCGACGACAAUAUACUCCAGGUUAAAUAACCAUAGUUUCGUAGCAGAUUUCUGGGUUCUUAGCAGCAUUACCAAUCAGCAGCCUGACAGAAGUCUGCCCAUUAAGCAGUGGAAAAUUCCUGCGAAUGUGGAGUUGGCAGAUCCAGCAUUCCAUCGACCUCAAAGGGUAGAUAUGCUGAUUGGAGCAGACUCGUUCUUCGAUCUGUUGUGCACAGGCCAAAUAAAACUGGGUGAAGGGGCACCAUUGUUGCAAAAGACCCUUUUAGGUUGGGUAGCUUCAGGUCGGUGUAGCAAGCUUCUGACUGGAGAAGCCGCUUGCUGCGUCGCAACCUACUCACCGGAAGAAGACUCUCUAUCUCAAAUGGUCGAAAGACUGUGGGAGAUAGAUGCAACGCCAGAAGAAAAACAUGCUCAAACAAAUUCGGCAGAGCAGCUGGCAUGCGAAGAGUUUUUCAAAGCCAAUGUCUGCAAUUUACCGACCGGAAGGUUUCAAAUACCGUUGCCUUUCAAGACAGACCCAGUAUCGUUGGGGUCGUCCUUCGAGGUCGCAAAACGUCGUUUCUUAUCGUUAGAGCGACGAACGUUAAGAGAGAGUGAGCUGAGAGACAUGUAUCUCAGUGUCAUGAAAGAAUAUAUCGAGCUCGGCCAUAUGUCUCCGACAGACAACGCGAUUCCGCCAGGACCACAUUAUUUUAUACCACACCAGUGCGUCCUGAGGCCUGAUAGCAGUUCCACCAAGCUUCGAGUCGUUUUUGACGCGUCGAGCAAGACCACAACUGGGUGGUCAUUAAACGAUUUACUUAUGGUGGGACCUACUAUUCAGAGGGAAUUAUUUUUAUCACUCGUUCGAUUUCGGGUGAAUCGGUAUGCUUUAACGGCAGACGUUUCGAAAAUGUAUAGGCAAGUGGAUGUGGCCGUAAAAGACCGGAAUUUCCAACUCAUCGUGUGGCGAGAACAUCCCACCGAUCAAUUGCAAAUUUUUCGGUUGAACACAGUUACCUAUGGUACUUCCGCAGCACCUUUCCUUGCCAUUCGUUGUUUGCACGAGCUCGGUGUACGCCACAGAGACACCCACAAGAAGGGUUCUGAGGUGAUCUGCAGUGAUUUUUAUGUAGACGACAUGCUGACAGGAGCCGAUGACGUAGACACGCUGAAGUCGAUUUGCGAUCAGGUGUCUGAGAUUCUUGGCUCCGGAGGGUUUCAGCUUUCGAAAUGGUUUUCGAACCAUCCAGAACUAAUGGAUGGAAACAAUGAGGAGAAAUCCCUAUCAUUCAAUGAUGCCGAUUCGACCAAAACAUUGGGGAUGAGGUGGAGUCCAAGAACAGAUACGUUCCGGUAUCACUUGGAAGAUAGCUUCACAAACUUGAAUCCGACUAAGCGCACCAUUCUGUCAAUUAGUGCUCGACAAGCGUAUGGGUGCUGCAUUUAUGUGCGAGCGCUUUUCGAAGGUCAAACGUACGUUCGAUUGAUCGCUGGGAAAGCAAGAGUAGCUCCCCUAAAAACAAAGACCAUCCCGAGGCUCGAAUUGUGCGCCGCAGCGUUAUUGGCGCAAUUUUGGGUCUACGUAAAGCAAGUUUUGGAAAAGUGUCGAAUCGAGAGCGUAUUUUUCUGGACGGAUUCAGAAAUAACGCUACAUUGGAUUAAAACCCAACCGUCGUCACUUGCAGUAUUUGUCUCAAAUAGAGUAGCCAUGAUUCAGGAGCUAUGUCAGGGCAUUACGUGGCGUCAUGUCCCAUCGCUGUCGAAUCCAGCGGACUUGGCGUCUCGCGGAUGCGAAGUGCCUGAGCUCCUGGAGUCCAUAUGGCUAGAAGAUCCGAACGACGGAGAGGUGCUGACGCCAGGCCAUUUUUUAAUCGGCCAGCCCCUUCGUUCGCUGCCGCAAGAGUGCGAGCCAGACGGACGGAGCAGCGGUACCACCUUUACCAAGAGGUGGCAACUACUCUCAGAGCUCAAACGACGUUUCUGGCAGGCUUGGUCGAAGGACUACGUCCACAACCUGCAAGCACGCAGCAAAUGGCAAACCCCAGAGGCCAACAUCGGGGUCGGCGCCAUGGUGGUGGUCCACAACGACCAUACGCCGCCGCAGCGGUGA